AUGUAUGUGCUGUUGAUGUGCAUUUUUUGUCUUCAGCAACAUGCGUUCAGCCGCGCUUGCCGGAUCGCAUCCGAUCCUGCGUGUUUCUACUACUGUUGUUGUGUUGCCUACUGAAAGGCACCGGAAGGGCACUGAUCAAACGGGCAGGACACUGUUAGAUUGCCCAUCGCUCGGGGUGAGGCAUUCUUGGUACCAGAGAGAGAGAGAGAGAGAAGACAGCCAUCGUGCACGGAGUGCUGUGUUGAUCAGCAGCUACGAACCAGCCUUUGUCUCUAGUUUGUGGGUGAUUGCGAUGUGUCCGUUGCGAAUACGUGCAGCCUUUUCGUGCCUCCCGGAAGAACCAACAUUUCAAUUUUUUUCGCCCACAUCAGCCCCAACGGCUGCCACACAUAAAGAGGUCGCGGUCCACGCCCAUGGCUCUUAAGCUGCGCGACAAGUCCCUGGCGACCAUACUGGCAACCUUGGCUCAUCGUGGUGAACCACGGGUCGCGACUGGGCGGCCGAGGACCGGUGGGCUGCUACCUGGCGGCCAUCCUUCUGUAGCGGCAACGUGCCCCACAACGAUGCAAGUGCAGGCGAAGCCGAAGCUGCGCCUCCCCGAGAAAAGCGGCCGCGGGACUGUCAACAUGCUGCGGCAUCCACCGGAGAUGCACCGCCUGGAACGCGCGGCGGAGCACGCCCUGGAGCAGGCAGACCAAAGGGAAGCUACGGCAGGAAGAGGCUUCCCCAAGCUGCGCAACAGCUCAAUNCCUCCCCGAGAAAAGCGGCUGCGGGACUGUCAACAUAGACUAUGCUGCGGAAUCACCGGAGAUGCACCGCCUGGAAAGCGCGGCGGAGCGCGCCCUGGAGCAGGCAGACCAAAGGGAAGCUACGGCAGGAAGAGGCUUCGCCAAGCUGCGCAACAGCUCAAUUAUUAUCUCGAGCGAGGGCAGCUCCAGUGUGCGCAGAUGGUCUCGCGCGAUCUUCCUGGAGCGAUGUCGUAUGCAGUGAAGGAGGCGCACCAGCAAGAAGAGGUCUAUCGACCAGCGUUCCUCAAGCGCCAGAGCAACAGGGGUGUGGGCAGGAAGGAGGCUCUUCGCAAGCUGGCGAAGCAUCGAUCGCAGCUGGAAAAGGCGGCCGUAGCAUCUGCUGCAUGUAGAUCGGGCUGGGAGGGGGGGCAGGAUUAUUUCCGCGCCGUCAUCAAGGAAUGUCAAUCCUGUAGCAGUCACACCUGCUGGACUCAAUGUAAGAGAGUUUGGGCUACACGAUGCAGUGAGUCUGUUCUCGUCUCGCAUGCGCAAGCCGGCAGCCUGCAGUUCAAGGCCUUGGCUCUGAAAGGACUUUACCACAUGCUGCUCAGGGGGGUGUCCAAGAGGCAAGCUUUCGAGGAAACGGCGGAGUUUUUUGAAGUGGCAUCCAGCACCCCCCGUGAGUGGGAGCUUUCCUACCGUACCAAGGGCCACAUCCAGGUGAACCAGAGGGGGAAACACGAACGGCGGUGGAUCCUGAGCUUGGACGAGGGUCUUCUCGUGAUGGUACGCCAAUGGAUCCGCGUCAACUGUAUCAAAAAUGGGGAGCCCAACAUGACAGCCGAGGGCUUCCGCGAGUACCUCAACAAGGACGUCUUGCCACAGGUAGCAGACACCAAAACGUGCGACUACGACCCCUUCAAGCACGCUCCUGUCACCAAGACGACGACUGAAACGGCAUCAGGAGAGAUAGUGGUGUCGUACUCGGUGACCGUUCGCACGGCGCGCUCCUGGCUGCACAAGCUGGGGUGCGAGUACCACGAUCGCAAGUCGGGCCUGUACUGA